UGCGUCGCUCCGCCGCGGCGGCAGAGGAGCGGAGGCCGCGCCAUGUCGCGGCUCAGCCCGCAGGAGGAGAACUUGCAGGGUUCCUGGGUAGAACUCCACUUCAGCAGUAAUGGAAAUGGCAGUGGAAACACUGUCACUCCGACGAGCCAAGAACAAGUACCAGCCUCUAUUUCCAUUCACAAUGGUGACAUGGAGAAAAUACUCCUUGAUGCUCAACACGAAUCUGGAAGAAGCAGUUCAAGAGAAAGUUCACAUUGCGACAGCCCUCCUCGUUCUCAGACACCUCAGGACAGUCACAGAGCUUUGGAAAUAGAGAGUCACAGCAGUGGAGAAAAGAAUAGUUUUCAGUCUGAAGAAGAUUUUCUUGAAAGGAGGAAAGAAGUAGAAAGGCUCCUGAGGAAGAAUGCAGAUUGGAUAUGGGAUUGGUCCAGCAGGCCAGAGAACAUCCCACCGAAGGAAUUCCUUUUUAAACAUCCCAGGCGCACAGCUACUCUCAGCAUGAGAAAUACCAGUGUAAUGAAGAAAGGGGGGAUCUUUUCAGCAGAAUUUUUGAAGGUUUUCCUUCCAUCUCUGCUUCUUUCUCAUUUGCUUGCCAUUGGACUAGGGAUCUACAUUGGAAGACGCCUUACGACCACAGCUUCAAGCAGUACUUUUUAAAGGCACCUGCAAAGAAAACACUCAUCUGGCAAUAGAGGAGGUGGGCAGCAGAAGCGUCUGAGCUAGCGAUGACUACGUGAUCAGUGUGUAAAUGUUGUGUUCCUAGUUUAGUAAGAAUGGGAAGAGAGGUACGAAGGCUAAUGCAUCAUAUAUAGUCUUCUGGAUCUUUUGGAUGCAUUAACAUCUGUUAUAUUGCUUUGUAGUGAAGUAUCUUUGAAAAUUAAAAAACUUGAUGUUUAAAAACAAUCGUAUCUUUAAUAUAGCAACUGUGAUUCAGCUAGGUAUUCAUCUAAACUGCUGUUUCUUUGUACUUCAUAGAUGGGAAUAUUUGUCACUGCUGCUGUAAUCGUGACAGUAGGGGAUUAGCCCAAAACAAUGUGUGGCCUUAUGUGUCAUAUAUGGGAAUUCAGAGAAGCUUUUACCUCGCUGGAGGCAGUUUCUUCCUAACUUAGAUUCUCCUUAGCUCUCUCUCACGUUUGUGUGAGGUGUGAAAUGUUGAGAGAGGCAGUUGGCUGGAAGAAAUGAGCACGAGUGAAAUUUCCAUCAGUUUUCACUAGUUCACAGUGUGAUGCACAACAGCCUGAAUUAAAAUUUGGACUUUAGUGCCUCAUAAACAGCUUCUUUGGCGAAGACAUUUAUUUAACUCCCAACUCAUAGAAGUUCCUUCUGUUGUGUCUACUUGCAGACUAUUGCUUCUCAGUCAUUUUAUCUGUAAAAUAAUAAACUUGCAUCUUAUAUUUGCCUCAUCCUUGUAUAGAUUUAAAAAAGGGUUGCUUGCUUAUUUGUUUUUACUAAUGGAAUGCCUUUUCAUUCAGUGAUUUUACCUUAUUUAAUGAGGAAGAAAACGAAUGUUUGCCAAAAUACUGUGUUUUUAUAUAUUUAAAUAAAAACGUUCCUUGUGGAUUCA